AUGCAAUCCUGGCUCACAAACACUUAUUAAUGAUACAUUACUUGCAAAUGAGCUGCCUUGUUUGUCCAAGCAACCUCCCUCCCCUUCCUAUAUAUGAGAUGAUGAGACCAGCUGCUGCCUAUAUAUGCAUCUUCAGCUAGCAUCAUUAUUCAGAUAUUACAAACCAAAACAAACACACAUUGCAGCAGCAAGGCAAGCAGAGGCAGCAGCUUGAUGAUCCAUUCUUGCAGCAAUAAUCGACACUCUACCUCCCUCCUUCUGGAUUAAUUUCACCUCUGCCUGCCGAUCAAGUGCUAGCGGCUAAUUACGUAUAUAAUUAUAGGCAUCAGAUCCAAGGAAGAUCACGAGAGAGAGAGAGAGAGAGAGAGAUGGCUCGGCCAUUGUUUCAUCUUGCAUUUGCUGCUUUCUGCUUGCUCAGCAGAUACUUGCUGGCUGAUGCAGCCGUCGUCGAGCACACCUUCCAUGUGGGCAACCUGACGGUGCAGCGGCUGGGGCAGACUCAGGUGAUCACGGCGGUGAACGGCCAGCUCCCCGGCCCAAAGAUCGAGGCUCGCAACGGCGACACCGUGGUGGUGCACGUCGUCAACCUCUCCCCCUACAACAUCACCAUCCACUGGCACGGCAUCCUGCAGCUCCUGUCCAGCUGGGCGGACGGCCCCAACAUGGUGUCGCAGUGCCCCAUCCGCCCCGCCGGCGGCCGCUACACCUACCGCUUCAACGUCACCGGCCAGGAGGGCACGCUCUGGUGGCACGCGCACGUCUCAUUCCUGCGCGCCACCGUCUACGGCGCCCUCCUCCUCCGCCCCGCCCCGGGCGCCCGGUACCCCUUCCCCAUGCCCCACCACGAGGCCACCCUCCUCCUCGGCGAGUGGUGGAACGCCAGCGUCGUCGACGUCGAGAGGCAGGCCCUCCUUGCUGGCGGCGCGCCCAACAACUCCGUCGCGCUAACCAUCAACGGUCUCGUUGGUGGUGACCUAUACAAGGACGACCCCUACCAGCUCACCGUGGAGCGCGGCCAGACCUACCUGCUCCGCAUCAUCAACGCUGCGCUCAACUACCAGCUCUUCUUCAAGGUCGCCGGCCACUCCUUCACCGUCGUCGCGGCCGACGCCUGCUACACCGACCCGUACGACACGGACGUCAUCGUCAUCGCGCCGGGCCAGACGGUGGACGCGCUCAUGCGCGCGGACGCCGAGCCGGGCCGCUACUACAUGGCCGCCCAGGUGUACCAGAGCGUGGCCAACGCCACCUACAGCGCCACCACCAGGGCCGUCGUCACCUACGAUGGCUUGCAGCAAUACGAGGACUCACCGGCAGCAGAAGCUCCAGCGACGCCUCGCAUGCCGGCGUUGAACGACAGCGCAACCGCGCAGAGCUUCUACGGCAGCCUGACCGGGCUGCUGCAGGACGGCAAGCCGACGGUGCCCCUCCACGUGGACACGCGGAUGCUGGUGACGUUCGGGCUGGGCGUGACGCCGUGCGCGCCGGCGCAGACGCUGUGCAACCGGACGCUGGGCUCCGUGGCGGCCAGCAUGAACAACGUGUCCUUCCAGUUCCCCACGACGAUGUCGCUACUGGAGGCGCACAUGCGGGGCGCCCCGGAGGGCGUGUACACGCGCGACUUCCCGGACAGGCCGCCGGUGAUGUUCGACUUCACGAGCAGCGCCGCGAGCACGAACAGGGCGGUGAUGUUCACGACCAAGGGCACCAAGGUGAAGACGCUGCGGUACAACGCGACGGUGGAGGUGGUGCUGCAGAACACGGCCAUCCUGGGCGCCGAGAACCACCCGCUGCACCUCCACGGUUUCAACUUCUACGUGCUGGCGCAGGGCACCGGCAACUUCAACGCGCACAGGCACGUGCGCGCCUACAACCUCGUCAACCCGCAGCAGCGCAACACCGUCGCCGUCCCUGCCGGCGGAUGGGCCGUCAUCCGCUUCACGGCCGACAACCCGGGCGUCUGGAUCAUGCACUGCCACCUGGACGCGCAUCUGCCCUUCGGCUUGGCCAUGGCCUUCGAGGUGGAGGACGGCCCGACGCCCGACGCCGUUCUCCCCCCGCCGCCGCCAGACUACCCACAGUGCUAGUUAAUGCUUUCUCUCGUCCCGUGCACUCAGAUUCAUUCCAGACUGAGACUCUACCGGAGCAGAGUAACCGCCGUACGCGCAUCAAGGAGGAAGAAGAAACAAUCUCUGCUCCAUUCUUCGCCCUUCGCUUUUUUUUAUUAUUAUUUCUGCCUCUCUUUUUUGAAAAAAUUCCAGUUUCUGUUCAAUUUCAGUGCUUGGUCGAUUUUGCUUGGUUAAUGUAUAGCAACGAAAUGUAAAAGUAA